UUAUGUCUACAAAGACAAUCUUAAAAUUUUCAAAAAUGUGUAUAAGUAAAUCGCCUUUUUUAUGGAUUCUGGGAGGUAUUGCUUUCGUAUUCAUUUUGAUAGGACUGCUGCGACAUGUGUUUAAUAUCAGCACAUAUGAUAUUAUUUUCCUUACUCCGGUUGUUAUUUUCAUUGGCAUUGCCUUUGCAAUAAAAAUUAUGUUGGAUGUGGAGUAUAUACAUUUAGCUUUGCUCUCUAUUUGUGUCAUACCAAUAUGCUGUGCUUUCGUAUUUGCGUUGAAGAUACACACUCUGCUCAAGGAUUGGAAUUCUAUUGAAAUAUUUUUUAAAAUCGCUCAUAUUUUACAUCUAACGUUUUUAAUUGUGUUUUCAUGCUUUUGGCUUCUGUUUAUCCUCGCCUAUUAUUUAAAUGAAAUGAAUGUUUCCGGCUGGUGCUAAUGGAAAUAUUAGGGAAACGUGAGCGUUGGAAAACUGUUUAUAAAGUUACAAUCCCAUUCAGCGACAACGUGAUUAGCUGAAAAUUUGAUGCCAAACUUCUGAUGAAUGAAAAUCACCGGAAAGUUCACCGCUGGCAAGCCCCUCUAAUAAGACGCAUUGUCUAGCCGAAGGAUAUGGCCAAAGCGAAAGGAAAAACUCUUUCCUCUGUAUGCUGCGAUGGCUAUAAUGCUUGAGGCAGCUGUUCUACUUUUUACCAUAAAUGUGAUCAAGUGGACCACGGGAUGGAGGUACAAAUACUUACUUUACGGUGUAUUUUAUCCUGGCUAUUUAUUGUAUACGUGUUACAAUUUAUUGAAGUAUGCAUUAGAAUUGAAAAGAUCAAGAGAUUGAAUGGAACCAAGCAUGGGGCGACUUUUAAUGAAAUACUCCAAUGCUUUUUAAUUUAAUUUGUAAAAUUGUCUGUGUCCUUAUCGAAACCAUUUUAAA